UCGACCCCGAGAGAAAAAUGUUGUCUACGACCAUCAUACUCGGUAUCGCAUGCGGUAUAGGUGGAGCCCUCUUCCUCAUCUCCCUCUACGCUGUCUACACCUACUCACGCGCAUGCGCACGAUGUAAGGAGAAGACUCUUAGAGAGCAGCAAGAAGCAGCCGGAACUAUUAACAUUGCUGAACCGCCCAAGAAUUUCUUCAUUCCUAAAGAAAGGAUAGCCGUUCAGCCCAUCGCUAACCGUAUCCAGUCACCUCCACAGAAGAUCGAAUCUCCAAACCGGUCCGAUCCGGAGCUGAACAGUCUCAGUACGAGUGACUCCAGCCACAAUGGCUCAUUUAGCGGUUCAUUCGAAUCUGAAUUCGGCACCGUCAAACCGGAAUUGUAUCCAAGGAGAGAUGACCGACUGGUGAUGAAUCAGUCGGACCAGUAUGGAAUCAGCGGUUCGACUAUCCGUUCCAAACAAGGCAAGAAGAUUGGACGGCUUCACGUCAAACUUAAAUAUGACUUCAAUACAUCCGACUUUGUCAUCAAAGUGGUCGAAGCCGAUCACUUACCCGCGAUGGAUAUUGGUGGUUCUAGUGACCCCUACGUCAAGAUAUCCCUUGAACCUGAUGAGGAAAGAAAGAUUAAACAGUCUGUAGUACAAAGGCGGACUCUAAACCCGGUGUGGAAUGAAAUCUUUAAGUUCCCUACAACAUAUGAAGAGCUGCAAGAAAAGACCGUCCGAUUUUCAGUCUUUGACUUUGAUAAGUUUUCCCGCCAUGAUGCAAUCGGUGAGGUAUUGGUCCGGAUCAAUGACGUAGAUGUGUCACGUGAGCUAGAUGUGUGGAGCGAACUCAGGUCACCACAGUCGAGAAAGGAGGAACUCGGUGACAUUUUGUUUUCAGUCAGCUAUCUGCCUACAGCUGAGAGACUGACGGUUGUGGUGCUUAAAGCUAGGAAUCUUAAAACAAUGGACAUCAAUGGAAGCUCGGAUCCAUUCGUGAAGGUGUCCUUGCUUCAGGGAGGCAGAAGGGUGAAGAAAAAGAAAACCAGCGUCAGGAAAUGCAACUGCAAUCCGACAUGGAACGAGGCUAUAAUAUUCAACGUACCUGCUGCUGCACUCAACGCAUGUAGCUUAGAGCUGAUCGUGAUGGACUAUGAUCUUCUGGGUCAAUGUGAGAAGAUAGGAGAAACAGUGGUUGGACCUCAUUCCGGAGGACUCGGCCAGGACCAAUGGACUGAGAUGGUCCAGACUCCAAGGAAACCGGUAUCAGUAUGGCACACGCUCAGACCAUGAAUCAACCCAUUCCACAAGAAUCCUUCCGAUUGAUGUUGAUAGAUUAGCAACAAACUCCUGCCAUGUGCCACAAGCCAUGUCACAAGUCAUUCAAUUGAAGUAACUUUAGGUUUCUCAACUCGUCACCAAGUUUGAGGACAAGUUUCACGAAUGAAUUAUACGAGUGAGAUUUCAAUUCAUUAAACUCUAUUUCACUUCGCUUAAUUAACAAAUUGUACGUACAACAAUAUUUGCAGGAUACAUAUUCCAAACUGAACCUGUAUCUUUGCUCGAAGAAAAAACAUCGACGUUAGUUUAAGCAAAGCGUAUAUGUCAACACAAUGGCACGGAAGGGGCCAUAGCCUGUAAAUGAAAGAUCAAAUAAUGAGCAUCAGACAAAAAUUAAUUCAAGUCAUUGCGGGAAUAAUGGCAUUUUGGGCGUCCCUAAUUGAUAUCAGAUGUCAGAGUGUGUUCAUCGAUGACGCUGGUACUCCACGGUAUGUCAGCCACUGUGUACGGAUACGACUAAAUGUGUUUUGUUUUUGUACGCUUCGUUAAAACCAUGGGUGUACAAAUAGGACACAGUUUGAAACAUGUUAAUAUUUCAUAGGACAUGGUGUUUAUGGUGAAAUCUAAAUUCAGGUAUCGCUUCAUAUAGUGUUUAGUAUUAAAGCUUUCGCAGAUAAAAUAAUGUAGGGAAGCUUCAUGGCCGCGCACUAAAAUUGUAGCACUGUCUGAACAUUAAAACGAUUAAUUUGAGAAUUACAGUAUUAUACCAUAAUAAUGUCGACAUAAGUCCGAAUCGAGUAAUUCCGUUAAAGCCGACGCAUUGGUCUAAGAAUAACAAAAGUAUAACAAAACUUCGACAUCACACUAGCGUCCGUAGUUAAUCACGAUUUUGGACAAAUGCUGAAGGCCAAACUCGGGUUCAAAUUGUCAGUAGAAUACGGGUCCAAAAGAACACUUUCCGUUGGCCAAUCUUUUAAUUGACAAACAUUGGAUUGCCUUGGAGAAUAUUUAUUCGCUUAAGCUUGAUUCGGGCGCCAAAGCGAUUAUUAACUCACAACAUUUUAGGAUGAAAAUGCAAAUUAACAGACCAGCCGACAGCUAGACAUAAAUUAGUUGCAUUAAAACCUUUAUUUUAAAGCUCUUAACUUAAGUCGGAUGACAAGACAUCGGUCAGAAUUUGCCGCUAUGUACCUAUGGGAAAUAGAGGGACCCUGUGGGACACCAGAUGCCUAUCCGAUUUUAAUUCCUACGUCCCCGCAGUGAUUACAAGGUAGGAGUACUCCUCAGGGAAUGUAGAUGGUUUAUGUGCUUGAUUUAUUAUGUUGGUUUGGUAUUAACGACUGUAAUGUGGAGGUGCCAUGGUAAAGAAGUUCAUUCACUUGACCCUCAGUCCGAGGGUUGAGGGUUCGAAUCCUAGCGCGGCAUUGCCGUAAUCCACAUGUGCCACUUAACCCCAGAUGCAAAUGGGUACAUGGAAACUGUUGUGUGAUAGUAAUUGCAGGGCCCUCAGGGAGAGCAGCAUUGAUGCGACGAGGUUUCCAAUGAAAAACAAAAUUAUUAUAAUUAUAUUAUAAUGUACCAAAGACAGUAUGAAUCCCGUUUACCUACAUAUGCACAAAUAAUAUGUGAAAGAAAUGCAUCAAACCCUUUAAAAACUAAUCUAUUGUGUCCUCAGAUACCUAGGACUCACAUGAAUUUAAUGAUAGUUUUCCGAAGUAAUAUUUCUAUUGCAUAGAGGUGUUGAAGUCUAGUGGAUACGUCUCCUGACUGUACAGCACAAGGUAUGGGGUUCAAAUCCACGCCGAAGCACUGCCGUCCUUUGGCCCGACACGAAUCUACAUUUGCUCUCGACCCAGGAAUAGUAAGUGGAUACCUGGCAGGAUUUAUUCUGUGAAUGCAUGGGCGUUACGGUUGCUGUGAAGCCCGUGUACUUUUCCUGGUAGCGUGCCAUAGUAAUUAGUCUUCUUGGGGUAGUUGUCCACCAUGCCAUUGAUGUAGAAUCUUUCGAAAGUCGAUUUUCAAGAUAAUAUACUACAAUGACGCGUGGAAACAUCACAAUGAUGAUGAUAAGAAAGAGAAGAAGAAGAAGAAAAAAAGAAGUAAAAAAAGAAGAAGAAGAAGGAAAAAAAUGUAAGAAGAACAAAAACAACAUUGGAUAUUUCUAUAGCCCACGGUUCCAUCACGCAAGUUACCCAUUAUAACGCCAGGGGUGGAGAGUGGCAAAUGAAGAGAAAUGCCUUGUCAAAGGACUCAGACUGCAAACCAUGUUAUACAUAGUUCGACGACGUAUCCACUAGAGAAUAUAAAACAUAUAAUCUCAUGGAUUAUAGACACCUCCCAAAAUAGAAAUCAUGAUAAUUGUUUACGAUGAGGCUAAGUUUUGUGAAUGAUCUGUGUUGCCUCUUAAAUAUUCGUAUCCUGUAUCGAUUGUUGUCUCAAAUUGUAUAUACUACCUCGAGUUUUACAUUUUUUCGGAUUUGAAAUGUUUUAAUGAUAAAUAUGUGUGAAAUUUAAUACAUUUUUAGUGAUACACGUUUCUGAUUUAUCGAACAUUACCUAUUGAAAUGGCGUUUUACUGUGAUUUUACAUUUUAUGUAAAUAUGAAUUUACAGUCAUAUGAUCUAUAACGAUGUAAAUAAAAUUUUAUGGUGAGUAUUACGUAUAUAUAUAUAUAUAUAUAUAUACGCAGGUGAACUUAAUUUCGGGAUAUUUUCUUUGAAUAUUCUUGCAAAUAUACAACCCACCAUCUAUCUAACACUAUUCCAUGGUAUUUGGGCCUGUAACUAACUAUGUCUUAACUAUUCCUUAACGAGUUCGAAAGUAUUAUACAUAUUCGAAACUCUAUUGGGAAUCUUUGAAACGAAAUAUAUCGAUAUUUGCACAGUUUAUAAAGGCAUUCAAAAAUUAAAAGACACUACCAGAAAAAACAAAAACAAACAAGAGAAACGAUGAUUCCGGUUUCUUUAAGCUGAGAGUCCGAGUAUUCAUUCAUUUUAAAUCCAUGAGGACCAAGAAUCGCUACAAAAGAGUCCACAAACAAAAUAGGCCUCCACUUUUUACAUUAUUAACAAGACUCACGAUAUACUCUGGGAACUUAUCGGAAUUGUAUGAUAUCCUACAAACUUACCGUCAUCGUAAGCUUCCAGUGAAUUCACGUUUAAUCUUUUUUGAAAUUAUACAUUUCUGUAAAUAUUGUAGUAUCUGUAUUGAUAAAGAAGAUUUAUUUAUUGAUUUCCUUCGUAAGGUAUGUUCGAUGUUAAAUUGUAUGUACGGUGCUCUUGUGUUUUAAUUUCAGAAUGUGAUAUAGUUUAUUGGAUAAAAGUUCUAUAUUUUGAUGAAACAGAUCUUUAAAACAAAUGUUGACAUGUAUAUCAAAACUCUAUUGUACUGAUAUUUUACCUAUUAUUGAAUAUAUUUGUUAAUGUAAGAUGUUUUGUUUGGAAUGUUUUUUGUGUCUAUGUCUCAUUAAUUCUAUGUAGCAGACAUUUGCAAAUUGUACAAACGAAGAAAACACUUUGAAAUAGACUUCGAUUAUAUUGGGAAGUCGC